AUGUCGCUCCCAAACUCUAAGCCAAAGCUGCCCGUCGCAGUCGAAAAGCCUACACCAUACACUUUCGACCUUGGCCAUCUCCUCGCAGAGGACCCCAACCCAGUGACCCUCGACCGCGAGAACCUCGAGCAGUCCCUCGCCGAACUUGCCCGUGACGGCGCCCAGUCUCUCAUCAACCAGUUUCUCACCACAUGCCCUCUCAGCUCUACUGCCGAGGGCGUUCUGCUCACCCUCCCAGCGCCGAGCACCCGUCUCCCCCGUGAGAAGCCCGUCCCUCAGGCCAAGGCUCCUACCAAGUGGGAGCGAUUCGCCGCCAAGAAGGGCAUCAAGCCCAAGACACGCGAGUCACGCCGCAACCUUGCCUUCGACGAGCAGACCGGCGAGUGGCAGCGCAAGUGGGGAUACAAGGCCCUGAACAAGAAGGGCGAGGACUGGCCCAUUGUUGAGGUCGACAUGGAAGCCGAAAAGAAGAGAAAGGAGGGCACCACCAUCCGUGGCGAUGGCCGAAGAGAACGCAAGGAGAGAGUCAAGCGCAACGAACGCUUGAUGCGCAAGAACAAGGGUAUUCCCAAAUAA